AUAUUAGGUAUGCUUAACUCAGCUGCUCAACCACAUGGUAGAGGUACAAUGGUGUAUGGACCAGGACAUCGAUUUGAAGGGCGCUUUUGUAAUGGUGAUAAAGAAGGCAAAGGUUGCUUCUACUUCGAAGAUGGAAGCAUGCUGGAAGGUCACUAUGUAAGCAAUAAUCUGGAAGGAAUCGGAAGGUAUACAUUCAGCGAUGGAUCCUACAUUGUUGGCUGUUUUAAGUCUGGAGAAUUGAAUGGACCUGCAAAGCAUUACGAUUACGCAGGACUUAUCACGUUUGAAGGCCAAUACCAAGAUAAUAUUAAAUUUGGUUUAUGUUGGCAUUUCGAUGAGUUUGGCGGUAGCAUUGUAGGACUUGUAGAUGACGAUGGUGAAUUUACAGGAGAUGAAAUUGCUUAUUUGUACCCUGAUCAAGAAACUGUCCUCUACGGAUCAUUUGAGGAAGGUCGGAUGGUAUGUGCAAAGGCUGCAUCUUUUCAGGGUGUGCGUAACAAUAAGUUAAUUAUUGAAAACUUAGAUACAGAAGAAAAGUACUCUUUUGAUGAAUCUGCAGACGAUGUUAUUACUGUGAAUCCGCUGCUUUCAGAUCCUUAUGAACAGAAAAGAGUCUACGUUGCAAAGUCACUAAUACCUGGGGCUGGUGAAGGCUUGUUUAGUAAAAUUUUCGCUGAAAAGGAUCAAGUAAUGUCUUUUUACAAUGGGAUUCGGAUAACACAUCAAGAGGUUGAUGACCGCUCUUGGAUUUUUAAUGACAACACUAUUUCCUUAGAUGAAACGACCGUCAUUGAUGUUCCAGUAAAUUCUGCAAAUGUGAAUAAUUACUGUGCUAGUUUAGGGCACAAAGCCAAUCAUUCGUUUACUCCAAAUUGCAAAUAUGACUUGUAUUAUCAUCCGCGGUUUGGAAACAUAAAGUGCAUCCGAAGUAUCAGCGACGUAGCGCCUAAUGAAGAAUUAACUGUCGAUUAUGGAUACACAACAAACAACGGACUAUUAGAAGCUCCAGAUUGGUAUAAAGCGAUAUUAAAACAUGCAUAA